CACAGCCGCUUCCAGCUCGACUUUGGCCGGCGGCGGCAGCUUCGCGGGGAGCGCCCGGAAGGCAGCCAGGGAGGCGCGCGCGGCCCUCAGAGGACUCUUGCAAGCCAAAGAAUGCAGACGAUAAAGUGCGUAGUGGUCGGAGACGGUGCCGUGGGGAAGACCUGCCUGCUCAUCAGCUACACCACCAAUGCCUUCCCCGAGGAAUACAUCCCCACGGUCUUCGAUAACUACAGCGCUCAGAUGACGGUGGACGGGAGGAUGGUCAGCCUUAACCUCUGGGACACGGCCGGACAAGAGGAAUACGACCGCCUGCGCACCCUCUCCUACCCGCAGACCAACGUCUUCGUGAUUUGCUUCUCUAUCGGCAGCCCUUCCUCUUAUGCCAACGUGCGACACAAGUGGCACCCUGAGGUCUCCCACCACUGUCCCAAUGUGCCAAUCCUCCUGGUGGGCACCAAAAGGGACUUGCGGAGUAAUGCAGAGGCCGUGAAAAAGCUGAAGGAGCAAAGCCUGGGCCCUACCACCCCACAGCAGGGCACUUCGCUAGCCAAACAAAUCGGGGCCGUCAAAUACUUGGAGUGUUCAGCAUUGAACCAGGAAGGGGUAAGGGAAGUAUUUGCAGAAGCUGUGCGCGCCGUUCUCUACCCAGUGACAAAGAAGAACUCCAAGAAGUGCCUGCUGUUGUAGUGCCGGCAAGACGAGGGCAGCGCAGACUGAAGGUGUGGGGUGUUUGCGGUCCAUCUCCUUAACUAAUGGCCUCUUGCACUAAUGGCUUUAAAGAGGACUUCAGCAAGUCCUCCUGCAGUCCAGCUGCCACUUUGAGCCAACGGAACUGAACGUAUUGGCUCUAGCCUUAAGGAUCAGCCUCCGGGUGAACUCUCUGUGUGUCCCUACGUAACGCUCCACCUCUUUCGUGGAGGAAAGCUAGGGAAUGCCUUCAAAGCCAAGAGGUUUCUCUGCUCAACAGGGAAGAGUCGGCUUUGCUUUCACAUCAGUGUUGCUUCCUCUCCAGUCACACGUAGGGCAGGGCUGUGCCUUUCCAGUAGCAGAAUCGGUCUGUCAACAGUUUUCAAAAGCACCAAACGUUUUUUUUUUUACAGUCUCUCCAUGAUUGCUGGCUCUGGUAUCUGACAUUAGUUAUUUGGCUUUCAAGGUUUGCAAAGCUGAAGUAUAACCAAAAUCUUCACAUUGCACCCUUCCCUCCAUGUACACACACAUAUAUAUACACACACAGAGGCCUAGAUUAACUCUGCUGGCUGACAUCCGGCACUCUGAUGCUUUUCCUGCACUGGCAUUUUUCUUGGCUUAAAUGCCACAAUUACCCUUGGGCCUUGUGACUGAGUCUUGGGGUAGGAAAUUACCUGCUAUGCAGGUAAUUGGCCAUCAAACCUUUUAAAAGCUGUGCUGCUUCAAAGCAGCCCUUUUUGUGUGCCUUCUGUUCCCCUUUUCCCCUUGCAGAUAAAACUCAAUAACUUCUUUUUAAACAUUAAGGCGUGAGUAAUAUUUAACUGAUGCACUGAUUCAGUAGAAGCUUAAAUCUUUCUAUGCCAUUGGUCCCCAUAGAGAUGCAUAGGAGUCUUAACAUUGCCUGAAAUACUAACUAUGCCUUCUUCAGAAUGAAUUAUGCAACUUUUAGAAACCCAGAUUUCUAUUUAGCAUCAUGCAAUUUUGUUUCUUUUUUGCAACAGUAAGAAACUCUUGAUUACGUCCAUCGUUGGGCAUCCUCAGCUGAUUAAGGAAAGCCUGAUGCUUGUCAGCAUCCCUUCCAGGAUAAAACGCUUUGAGCAGCAAUCUCCUUAGGAGACGUAACGCUCUGCUCCCAUCCCCUCUUCCAAAUAAUUAUGUUCUGUAUUCUGCCUGCGGUCCUGAUCUGCGCUGGUGAUCAGGAAAUUUUGCCUGAAUGUGGAACGGUGAUACUUGGGAGCUGUCUUUGCAUGGAUGCUGACGUCACAGCGAGAAUGGUGACUUAGCCCAGGAGCAAACCCGGUGCAGUUCUCAUCCUCGGCAUGCAAAUCUCACUCGACUGCUGUAAUGUUGGCCAUGCUGCGGUCUCCUUUUCCCCUUUUCCCCAUCUGAGAUUCUGGGCCGGAACUUUUGCCCUACAUCUGACCAUCCUCAGGGUAUUUAGCGAUAACUGUUUCUAACCAGGUUGUGAUAUUAACAAGAGCUUGGUCUCCCUGGCACUGCCAAAUGUCUUCUGAAUGCCUUCCUGGUGUUCCAAGCUCCCCCGGCCUGAGCCUGAUGAUGUGCUACCGGACUCUCCCUGGGGAAAGAGGCUUCUCCAGGCGGCGCUGGGCUGGUUCGAAUGACGGUUGAGGUUCAGGGAGAGGACAGCCACAGCCUGAUCGUGUGGUACUUCCAACAUACACUGGCAAAUGAUUUUAUGGUUUAAAGUACAUUUGUACGGCAACUAACAGUUAUUUUUAAAUUAUGCUGAAUGAAAUUGUAAUAAAGCAGUUUCUUGGUU